ACUGAUAGAAAAACUCAAGGAUUUUGAUGAGAUUCGACAAAGAAAUGAAGAAUUGUCGUCGGAAAUCCAUCAAAAGUCUUCGGAAAUUUCGCAGUUGAUGUCAAAAACCGAGCAUUUCGAUGAAAUUUCCUUUAAAAGCAGUGAAUUAACAGCUGAAAUACAAAAACUUAAUUCAGAAAUCACCCAAAAGGACCUACAGGUUUCCGAAAUGCUGCAAAAAGUCCAGGGCUUUGACGAGAUCUCACAAAAGAACAACGAACUCAUCACAGAGAUAGAUAAUUUAAAUUCCAAGAUAUCCGAUCUCUCAAAAUUACAUGAAGAAGUAUCCGAAUUCAGGAACAAAUCAGAAACUCUAGAAUUGGAAAAUAAUAGACUGAUGGAUGAAAUCUCUCAAAGAACCAAAAACGAACAGAUCAUAAAUACUCAAAUGAUGAAUAUGAGAUCAGAAAUGUCCAAAAAUGAAGAGACAAUCCACGAAAAAUCGUCAGGACUCGAUGACCUCCAGCAAAAAUAUUCAUCUCAGCACAAGGAAUUAUCGAAUCUUAAAAUUCAAUUUGUCGAUCUCCAGAAGCUGAUGGAAGAUAGCCAAGAGGAAUCCAAUCGCCUCAAAGGAGAAAUCUCCAACAAUCAAGAGCUCCUGGUAACUUACCAGGAGGAAAAAGCGCAGCUGGAGGAAAAACUCCAACACCUGGAGGAGAAUCUGAGGAUAAAAUCCCAAGAACUGUCUUCACUGUCAUCAGAAAAUUCCUCCAACAUGCAGCAACGGAAAAUGGAAGAAGAAAAUCACGUGAAGACUAUGGAAAAAUUGAAACAAACCGAGGACAGAAUACCAUUAAUCGUUGCCGACCUCGAAUCUACCAAAGAGCAACUCCGAGAAGCUCAGGAGAGUCUUCAGAAGGUUCGGGAGGACCACUCCACCUUGAAGGACAGCCUCAUAUCGAAGACCGAACUAAUAGAAAAGCUAAAAAUCCUGAAAAAUAAACAAACGAAGGCAAUCCAGGAUCUAGAGUCGAAAAACGAAGCCCUGAAGACCUCUUCCAACAUCUCCAAGACUCAACAGGAAGAUCUCAUCGAACUCCAGCAGAAAUUAUCUCAGUUGUCUUCUGAAAACUCCGAAUUAUCCUCAAAACUCUCGGCUCUAGAAGCCGAAAGGCCUGAAAUUGAAAGCCAACGUCAGGAGGUUCUUCUCCUGAAGGAAAAGCUCUCGAGUGUCCAGGCGGAGUCCGAUGACUAUCAAGGGGAGAUAAAAUCCCUGAAGGAAGCCCAAAACGAAUAUCUGCAGAAAGAAGAGAGUCAUAGAAAUAAGGUGAAAAAUCUUGAGGAUUUGAAAUCUACGCUUGAAUCAGAGAUAUCCAGGAUUAAAGGAGACCUUGAGGACCAGCAGACGACGUUUAGAUCAAAAUUGGAAGAGGAAGAGAGACGCCACCAGGAGGAAGUGAAAAAAGUGGAGGACGAGAGGGAGAGAAUUCGCACGGAGAACCAAUUAGUAAUUGAUGAAUAUGUGAAGAAGCUAACAGAGAAGGACGUGGAGAUCAAGGAGCUGCUGGAGAAAGAGUCGUGGACCAGUCAGCUAUUGGAGGAGUUGAAGAAGAGAUCGGAGAGACUCGAGGGGAUCGAACAGGCUCAAAACCAGGGAAAUUCAACGGGACAAUUGUCAGUGAGAAUGAGGAGCGACGAGGAGAGGCUGGAGGACGAGAGGCUUCAUAAAUUAAUCGAAGAGCUCCAGGGACAGCUCCAGGCCAUGGAGUCCAAGCUGAUCACUUCUCAGGCCAAGGAAUCACAGUUGGAAAUUCUUACUGAUGAGUUGAAGAAAGAAGUUGAGAGGUUGAAGGGGUUGAUAGGGACAGCUGAGGAGGAGAAUGCCGUCAGGAUGGCGCAGCUAGUUAAAGAAUUUCAGGCUCAACUGCAGGACAAAGAUGGGGAGAUCCAGGCAGCCCUGGGCAAGAAUUUUGAGAGGCAACAGGGAUAUGAAUCAGAACUCGUGCAGCAGUACAAAGAGCAGCUCAAGGACUUUCAGGUUGAGCUCACUGCCAAGAGCGAGGAGAUCGAGAGCCUCAGGGGGAGGGAUAAGGAGGUCCAGAGGCUUGUGGAAACCAUCAGCAGUAUUAAAAGGGAGCAUGCCAAUGAAGUGAAAGAAGUGGAGAGGAAAUGGAGGAAUAUGAAGGUCAAGAGCGAACAACUCGAGGGCAUGGAAAAGGAGUGGCAAAGGGACAAAUUUAAUGAGGAUAAUGUAGAGGAAAAGGAAGAGGAAUUAGAAAAUAUGUCGAGAGUGGCAAUGGCUGCUGUACAAUCCAAUACAGGAUCAUUCCAUUCUCUCCAGCAGACUCUAGUUUCCCAGAGGCGAGAACUGGCAGAACUUCGAAAAAUCGUAAAAUUAAGGCACGAUGCAUUGGAGGACUCGACGGAGAUUGAGUACCUCAGGAAUAUCCUGUACGAGUACAUGAUGGGUCGAGAGACUCUGGUUCUUGCACGAGUGAUAGCUGCCGUCGUCAAAUUCGAUCAAGAGCAGACCAAUAAAAUACUUAAAAAGGAAGAGGAUAAAUUAACGCUUUUGGGAUCUUUGGGGUUGUCUUAAGACAAUCAGAUUCUCUCUACAUGAUGAAUCGAUGGGACACCACUGAUACCAAACUGCCAGAGGAAAUCGUGGUCCAGAAAAUAAAAUGUGGUGAAAGGAGAUCAUUUUGAGGAUUCAUCCCUUCUUUACUUCUCUGUCUCUGAAAUGAUUCAGUCUACGGGGCAAUAUCUGCGAAAAGUUGAUGGAUCUUUAGAAAUUUUCUUUUGACACUGAGAAAAAUACGAGCAGGUACUCGAAUUAAUCUAGUUGCAAUCAAACAAAUCGUGAAACAUUAUCAAAAAAUAAUUUGGGCAAUUCAAAUUAAGACGUCGCAAAUACGAAUAAUGACUUCAUCUUCAAUGUAACGGAGUAUUCAAUAUCAAACGUGAAUCAUUCAUUUGAGAUAACAUAUUUCCAUCUUUGUUUAUGAAAUGGUGGGAAAUAACUACUCCUGUCACAUAUCUAUCUGGACUGAACCUAUUUGUUGUAAGAAAUAAUCUUAAUCU